CUCAGUCUCUGCUUCUCUCCGGUGUCGCUCCCGGGCCUCAGGAUGACACCGCCUCCGCCCGGAUGCGCCUCCCUCGGCGCCCCGCGCGCCCGCGUUCCCAGUCCGCUGGCUCGGUCCGGGCUCCCGCUGUGGCUGCUGCUGCUGCUCUGGACGGUCGCCGCCUCCCAAGGCCACCCGAGGAACGGACCCCGCAUCUCCGCUGUCUGGAAAGGCCAUGCAGGGCAGGACCAUGUGGACUUUGGCCUGGCCGAGCCGCACACGGUGCUUUUCCACGAGCCGGGCAGCUCCUCCGUGUGGGUGGGUGGACGCAGCAAGGUCUAUGUCUUCAACUUCUCCAAGGGCAGGAACGCCUCCAUGCGCACAGUGAACAUUGGCUCCACGAAGGGGUCCUGCCGGGACAAGCAGGACUGCGAGAACUACAUCACGCUCCUGGAGAAGCAGGGUGAGGGGCUGCUGGUCUGCGGCACCAAUGCCCGGCGUCCCAGCUGCUGGACCCUGGUGAAUGACACUGCAGAGUUGCUUGGUGAGAAGAGAGGCUAUGCCCCCUUCAGCCCGGAUGAGAACUCCCUGGUUCUGUUUGACGGCUCUGAGGUGUACUCCACCAUCCGGAAGCAGGAAUACAAUGGAAAGAUCCCUCGGUUCCGUCGUAUCAAGGGUGAGAUUGAGCUGUACACCAGUGAUACUGUCAUGCAAAACCCGCAGUUCAUCAAGGCCACCAUCGUGCACCAAGACCAGGCCUACGAUGACAAGAUCUACUACUUCUUCCGAGAGGACAAUCCUGACAAGAAUCCCGAGGCCCCUCUCAACGUGUCCCGAGUGGCCCAGCUGUGCAGGGGGGACCAGGGUGGUGAGAGUUCACUGUCGGUCUCCAAGUGGAACACCUUCCUGAAAGCCAUGCUGGUGUGCAGCGACGCCACCAGCAACAAGAACUUCAACAGGCUGCAGGACGUCUUCCUGCUCCCCAACCCUAAUGGCCAGUGGAGGGACACUAGGGUCUAUGGCGUUUUCUCCAACCCCUGGAACUACUCUGCCGUCUGCGUGUACUCCCUCGGUGACAUUGACAAGGUCUUCCGCACUUCCUCACUCAAGGGCUACCACUCAGACCUUCCCAACCCACGGCCUGGCAAGUGCCUCCCAGACCGGCAGCCGAUACCCACAGAGACCUUCCAGGUGGCCGACAGUCACCCUGAGGUGGUGCAGAGGGUGGAGCCCGUGGGGCCUCUGAAGACGCCACUGUUCCACUCUAAGUACCACUACCAGAAAGUGGUUGUUCACCGCAUGCACGCCAGCAAUGGGGAGACCUUCCAUGUGCUUUACCUAACUACAGACAAGGGCACCAUCCACAAGGUGGUGGAGUCAGGGGAACGGGAACACAGCCUUGUCUUCAGCAUCUUGGCGAUCCAGCCCUUUCGCCGUCCGGCCACUAUCCAGGCCAUGUCACUGGACGCUGACCGGCGGAAACUGUAUGUGAACUCCCAGUGGGAGGUGAGCCAGGUGCCCCUGGACCUGUGUGAGGUCUACAGUGGGGGCUGCCACGGCUGCCUCAUGGCCCGAGACCCCUACUGUGGCUGGAACCAGGACCGCUGCGUCUCCAUCUACAGCUCCCCAGAGCCAGUGCUGCAGUCCAUCAAUCCAGCCGAGCCACACAUGUGGUGCCCCAACCCAAAGCCAGAACAAGCCCCACUGCAGAAGGUUUCCCUGGCCCAGAACUCUCGCUACUACCUGAGCUGCCCCAUGGAGUCCCACCAUGCCACCUACUCAUGGCGCCACGAGAACAGUGUGGAGCAGAGCUGUGAGCCCGGCCACCAGAGCCCCAACUGCAUCCUAUUCAUCGAGAACCUCACGGACCUCCAGUACGGCCACUACUACUGCGAGGCCCAGGAGGGCUCCUACUUCCGUGAGGCUCAGCACUGGGAGCUACUGCGCGAGGACGGUGCCAUGACCUCGCACCUGCUGGGCUGCGCCCGCGCCAUGGCUUCCCCCCUCUGGCUGGGUGUCCUGCCCACGCUUACUCUUGGCCUGCUGGUCCAUUAGGGCCUCCUGGGGCUGGGCAUGCUGCAGGCUUCUGCAGCCCCAAGGCACUAGAAAAGUCUCACACCCACAACCGGCUGGGCCCGGGAGCUCCUUGCCCACCACUUCUUCCAGGGGGACUGCAUAACCCGACGGGGAACGCCAGGCCUGGAGAUGGCCAGCCGCAGGCGGCUGCUGGGCCCCGGUGGGGCAGGGCAGGGGUGUGGGCCAGAGAAUGAAGGCCCCGACUAUGAAACUGGGGCCUUGCUGACCCAAGACUUUAUCUUUUGGAGACUAUUUUUCAAAAACUACUCCUCAAACUGACUAAAUGCAACGAUGCUCUUGGCCUAAGAGCCUGUCAGGCCCAGAGAGUGGGGUUUAAAAAGGGGAGUUGGGACCCCAUCUCUAGACCUUUGGGCUGAGGCCUGAGUCCUUCUGGACUCUCUAUACCCAAAUUGCCCCCUCAUCCUCCCUCCUGCCAUGGCUGGGGGUGGCUAGUGUUCCCGCAGGCCCAGGGCUGCCCUCUGUGGCGCCCUCACCCGCUCUGGGUCUCACUAGGCAGCUGCCUUGCAUGUUUAUUGAAGGAUGUUUGCUUUCCGGACGGAAGGACGGAAAAAGCUCUAUUUUUAUGUUAGGCUUAUUUCAUGUAUAGCUACUUCUGACUGCAUCUGUAUGAAAUACCAAAACUGCG